GUUUUCACUUUUCCUGACUCACAGCACAAGGAAUUCUGGAGAAGCCUUCUGCUGCUUGAGCUCUGCUGCCAGACACAAUCAAUCCUUCAGCUGUUCUGCUCCUGGAGUGUCACCAUGGUGCAGUCAUGUGGCCUGCUCACUGGGAAAAACAAUCCAGUGGCACUCAAGAGCAUUGCUGUGACCCUGUCCACAAAUGACUUCGUGGCUGGGGUCUCUGCAACCUUAAACUAUGAGAAUGAGGAGAAAGUUCCCUUGGAGGCCUUCUUUGUGUUCCCCAUGGAUGAGGACUCUGCUGUCUACAGCUUUGAGGCCUUGGUGGAUGGGAAGAAAAUUGUAGCAGAAUUACAGGACAAGAACAAGGCCCAUUGCAUGUAUGAGGAUGCCCUCUCCCAGGGAUACAGGGCCUACCUAUUAGAAGAGGACAAGUGUUCCAGGGAUGUCUUCCGUUGCAAUGUGGGGAACCUCGACACAGGGUCAAAGGUGGCACUCACCCUGAAGUAUGUUCAAGAGCUGCCUCUGGAAGCAGAUGGAGCCCUGCGCUAUGUGCUCCCAGCAAUCCUAAAUCCGAGAUACCGUCUCUCUGAUCGAUGUGUGGACACUUGCCUGGAUAUGAAGACCCCCAUAGUCCCUUUGGAGGACCUGCCUUACACACUCAGUAUGGUGGCCACCAUCAGCUCUCAUCAUGGCAUUGAGAGGGUCCAAUCCAACUGUUCCUUGAGUUCCACUGAGUACUUUGGAGAUGACAGGACGUCUGCUCAGGUUUCCUUGGCUGAUGGACACAAGUUUGAUCGGGAUGUGGAGCUCCUGAUUUACUAUAGUAAAGUGCACAGCCCCAGUGUAUCUGUGGAGAUGGGAAUGCCUGAAAUGGAACCAGAUAGUUUAAUGGGAGCUCCUUCUGCGAUGGUGAGUUUCUAUCCAAAUAUACCAGAUACGGAAAUCUUAACCUGUGGAGAGUUUGUAUUUCUCAUGGACUGUUCAAACAGCAUGAAGAACCCUAUGAAUAACCAGGACAGGUCGCAGCUGCGCAUAGAUGCUGCCAAGGAAACACUGAUCCUUCUGCUGAAGAGUUUGCCUUUAGGCUGUUAUUUCAACAUCUAUACAUUUGGAUCCUCCUAUGAGACAUUCUUUCCGGACAGUGUGAAGUACACUCAGGAAAGCUUGGAGGUAGCUGUGGAGAGAGUGAAGCUUAUGUUGGCAGAUCAUGGGGGAACUGAAAUCUUAACCCCAUUACGGAGCAUUUACAAGAAACGCCCCAUCCCAGGCCAUCCCCUACAGCUCUUUGUCUUCACAGAUGGAGAAAUAUUUGAGACUUUUACUGUGAUUAAAGAAGUUAAGUUCAACAGCAAAAAACACAGAUGUUUCUCAUUUGGCAUUGGGCAAGGUGUCUCCACCAGCUUAAUAAAAAGCAUUGCCCGGGUAUCAGGGGGAACUUCAGAGUUCAUCACAGGCAAAGACCGACUGCAGACCAAGGCCCUCAAGUCCCUGAAGCGUUCUUUACAGUCUGUAGUGGAAGAUGUUUCACUGAGCUGGGAUUUGCCUCCUGAGCUAUCUGUUAACCGGAUUUCCCCCAAACAGACUGUUCUGUUUAGUGGUCAGAGGUUAAUCAUCUAUGUCCAACUGAUGGGAACAAUGCCAUCCACAGAGACUUCAGGAGUAGUGUGCCUCAAAUAUACCUUCCAUGGCAAGAAUUUUGAGGAAAAGGUGACCUUUUCUCUACAACCCAAGCCUGAUGCCAACUUCACUAUUCAUCGUCUUGCUGCAAAAUGCUUGAUCCAGACUAAAGAUUUUGGCUUCAAAGAGACACCAGCAGUAAAUGUACAUGAGGUGAAGACUAUCAGCAUCGAGUCUGGAGUCAUGAGUUCCUUUACUGCCUUCAUUGCCAUAAACCAGGACCUGAACAAGCCAGUGCAGGGGCCCCUGCUUCACAGGGAUAUCCCAAGGCUAACACUCUUAGGUGGUUCCCCUACAGCGACAAAUGUCUCUUAUGGUUUUCCUAAUGCUGCAGCCAGCCCCACUCCUUCUGCAGUUAAGACUCCAAGUAGUGCACCUGUACAUUUCUGUGCAGUCAUGACAAAGAAGCCAAAUUACAAACCCCAAGAGCCUCAUUGCAACCAAAGGAUGAAAUACUCAUCUCACAAAGAAUCUUCCUCUGACAUGACAAAGAGAAGGACUUCAACCAACACAACCAAGAUGCAAAGUCACCGUAAAGGUUUUAAGGAGCGUGAUAUUUUACAGCUGGUAAACCUCCAAAAUGCAAAUGGUUCCUGGGAUAUGAAUGAAGAUUUAUCCACGGUCCUAGGUAUUCGUUUCGAAGACAUGCAGGCUUCACACCCUACUGAGGUAGUGGAACCCUCGGUUUGGGCUACAAUACUGACAGUGCUCUGGCUGUAUGCAAAUGGCAGGGACUUCUACUGGGUGUGGGACCUUCUGGAAAGGAAGGCAGUGGCUUGGCUCCAACACCAUCCAGCCUCCACCUUGCUUGAGCUUGCACGAAUGGGUAAUAAAUUCUUGAAGACAUCUGUGAAUCCUGCUGUCUUUACCAUGUAAGGAUGAUGCCCAGGAAAAGAAAGGUCUUUCCUGCCUAUGGCCAACUACUUCCCUUCUGCUGAAGUGUAUUGUCCUGAGUACUCUAUCCUGUUUCAUACCAUAAAAGUAAAGGAUGACCAUACUGCUUUAGUCACCUGUUUUAGGUUCCAUUAGAUAAAUUUUCAGUCCCUGUGUUUCCCCUAUAACAAAUGCUGUUGGUCACAGAAACUGUUUCCUCUCUGGGAGGGAUAUUCAUCAUCCAUAUAUAGCAUAGUCUCCCAGAUUUUCCACAGUAAUGACAUUAAAAACACAUUAUACUCCAGAAUAAGGACUACAACAUUGCUGGUAGAGAAUGCAUGAAUUCAAGGACUGCAUUUAUUAACCUUUCUAUUCACUUUGAAUUUUAUAUACUUACCAGGCUCAUACUAAAAAGCUUUAAGCCUUUCCAUUCUUAGAGGAAGUUGGAGAUAAAUUGAAUGCCAACUCUGAGGUCAGUGUAACCCCAAAUUCACAAAGGACUCCAGGUUUCCAUUUUGCACAUUGGUGAUAUUGGGGACCUUCAUAAUGCAUUUUGCUUGGCCAUUGCCAAUAAUGCUUUCCAUACCUUUCUUUCCACUGUGUAAGUGACUUGGGUUGAGUUUUAUUUGUAAAAUAGAUGUCUUUAAUCACCCUUCAAGAGGGUUAUAGUAAUAUCCUAAAACCUAGCCUUUAUCCAAAAACCUAGCCUUUACUCAUGAAGCUUUUAAAGUGUAGCUGUGACCUGGUUCACUCAGAAUUCAUGCUAGUUGUGCUGAGACCUGAACCUGGAUUUCCUAGCACAUGAAGAAUGGGGCUCCCCAUGAUCAUUCUGACACUCAUUUUUCACAUAGCUUAUCCAAGUAAAUGACUCAAAUGGAUGUACUAUUCCCCAAUCAUUGUUUUAUCAAUAAUAAAGUGUCUGUUUCCAAUA